AUGGCUGUCGUCGCUUCUCUCGCUUCGUAUUAUCUGCGCCGCCGUGCAUGUCUGCAUCCCUUAUCCCUGCAAGGGCGACAUAUUCAAUUUCCUUGCUGGAGGCGAAGCUUAAGCUUGGAUGAUGAGGUGUUAGCGGGCUGUGCAAGCUGGAUGGUAUCGGCUGUGAAGCUCAAGCCAUCUUGCUCUGCAUUGAGCCAGCCUUCCCAUCCCCUCUCCCUCUUCCCCUUCUGUCUACCUGGCCGUCCUAAUGUCGUCAAUCCCCCACCAUACUCUACAUCUGUAUCUCUCCAGACUCAGCCCAUGCACUCUGUAUCAUUGAAACCACAUCCCCUACCCAGCUGUCCCCCUUCCAGUUUCCCACCGUGCACCCCACUUCAAGGCAGCCGCAGCGGCCAAGAUCCGGCACAGGUUAUUGUGCUGAAUGAUUUCGAUAAGGUGUUUAUAAAGAAUGGAAUCGCUGAAGGCCUCGAGAGCAAGAGCUUUGUGGACUUGACCACUGACAUCACUUCUUGUGGUGAUAUCAUCACUCUAGAUUCGCGGCCGCACCCGUACGGUGCACGACAUGAUCCCAUAGAUUUUCAGAAGAGGAAUGAGGAUCGAUGCCAGGAGAAGACGAAUGAAGCCUCACCUAGUCUGGAAUUGUUCGUGGGAUCCAUUACGACCCAGUCCGCUUUGUUGGCGGAACCACUCACCAGCAAUGGUAAAUCGAAUCCUCUGCCGGCAUCAGAGAAGCAACCCCACUUGUUGGAGUUGAACAGGGAGCAAGAUGAAACACUCAAUCAAGAAUCCCCACAUGGCAGCCAAGAAACAGAAAUCAGUUCUAAGAGUAGCACUACAGCACAGGGGGGCUCCGCAUCCUCAGAUGAGAAUGAGAAUGCAGAUUCUACUUCUGCCAUGUUGGUGGCUCACUCUGUGAAACUGGAUCAACAAAAGGGCAAGACUGACGCCUGCAACACUGGGAAAUGCCAAUCUCCCUUCACGGGACGGUACCGCCGAUCCGAUGUCGGGUCAAUGGAGUCUAUGGAGUCUAUGGUCGCGGUUGUGAUUCCAUCCAUCUCCCAUCGCCAUCGAGAAGACCCGGAAAAAAUCAAGGGGAAUGAAAGCGCACAGCAUGACCCUGGGACCCACCAACGGAACACCCGGUCAAAAUCUAAGUGUAAAAUUUUGAUUGAGGACCGUCAUCUUACCGGUAGCCCAGCACAGCCUACAGAUGACAACUGGGGGGAGUGGGACAUAACCGGCACGACUGAUCUCUCUGAUGAUUCGGACGGAGAUUACACCGCGAGUAGCGACGGAGAUGAUUUAGUGAAGCAGCAAUCAAAGCGGCGCAAGAUUUCCUCACGGUCAGCCGCUACCACAUCAUGUCGACCACAAUCUCGAUCUCGGGGUGCGCGAGUCGUUGGGCAUCAUCGAGAGGUCAAGCGGGCACCUCGCAGCGGGCGAUCAGUGGCCGCCACGGAGCACUCUAUAAGCUCCACACGCGUGGAUCACGAAUGGUGCACACGCUGCGGUCCGGUGGCACCCGCCGGCGGCUCCGAGCAUACUUUUAGCCCGCGGCUGUUAUCCCCAGAGGACAUUUCCGCGCUGGUGUCUGCCUUUGCUCAAAGGCUCCUCGACCUCCGUAAAGAUCCUUCAACGGACGCCGAGCGUGCCAUGGAUGGUGGGGUAGCUGAUAUCGACACCGAAAGUGUGGACAAAGAUCCAAGAACCGCGGAGCUGGACAGGAAGAGAUCUCGGUGGACCCAGGGUGAAGAUGAGCGACUAAAGGAUCUGAAGACGCGCGGCUGGCGUUGGUGGGAGAUCAAGCAGCAGUUUCCACACCGAAAAUUAAGCGCCUUGCAGCAGCGAUGGUCCUCAAAACUCCGAGAAAGGGGAGCAUCGCCGAUGACUGACACACGGAAGCGGAAGAGAAAGUGCAAGCCAAUCAUCGUGACUAUACCGUAG